GGCGGGGAUGUGCCUCCCGAGCCGGGGCCCCUCCGACGGCGGACGCCCGAGAAGGAGGAGCAGCUGAAGGGGGCGAGAGGAGGCGAGGCGGGCGAGGGGCUGGGGAAGAUGGCGGCGCCGGCGUUGCCAGGGGCUCCUCCGGGGACCUCGCAGGGCCGAGGCGGCGGCGGCGGCGGUGGCGGCGGAGGCCGGGGCUCGGGGUCGGCCAGGCGCCGGUGCCAGUGGCUCCUCUACUGGGUGCCCGUGCUCUUCAUCUGCACCAUCCUCGCCUGGUCCUACUACGCCUAUGUCGCCCAGCUCUGCAUCUUAACCAUAUCAAAUAUUGGAGAAAAGGUGGUGUGCCUGAUUACUUACCAUCUAUUUUUCAUGAUGUUUUUGUGGUCUUACUGGAAAACAAUCUUUACGUUACCAAUGAAUCCUUCCAAAGAAUUCCACUUGAGCUAUGCUGAUAAGCAGCUGUUAGAGAAAGAACCUAGAAGUGAAAUCCAUCAAGAACUACUGAGAAGAGCAGCCAAGGACCUCCCCAUCUAUACGCGAACAAUGUCUGGAGCAAUAAGGUACUGUGACAGAUGCCAGCUUAUAAAACCAGACCGAUGUCACCACUGCUCUGUCUGUGAUAAAUGUAUUUUGAAAAUGGACCAUCAUUGUCCUUGGGUGAACAACUGUGUUGGAUUUUCCAAUUACAAAUUUUUCCUUCUUUUUCUGGCAUAUUCUCUGUUAUACUGCCUUUUCAUUGUUGCAACUGAUUUACAGUAUUUUAUCAGAUUCUGGACAAAUGGCCUUCCAGAUACCCAAGCCAAGUUCCAUAUCAUGUUUUUAUUCUUUGCUGCAGCCAUGUUUUCUGUCAGCUUGUCUUCUCUCUUUGGCUAUCACUGUUGGUUAGUCAGCAAAAAUAAGUCAACAUUAGAGGCAUUCCGUGCACCUGUUUUUCGACGUGGAACAGACAAAAAUGGCUUUAGCUUGGGUUUCAGCAAAAAUCUUAAACAAGUCUUUGGAGAUGAGAAAAAGUUUUGGAUGUUGCCUAUUUUUACUAGCCAAGGAGAUGGGUGUUACUUUCCAACCUGUCUUGUUAACCAAGAUCCAGAACAAGCUGUUACACCUUCAAGAAGGAGUACUUUAAACAAAAAUGAGAAUAAUCCUAACUUUCCUUCUAAACCUUUACGAGAUUCCCAAAGCCACCUCCUUACUGAUACCCAGUCUUGGACCGAAAGCAGUACAAGUAGUGAAAAGAACAAUCUUGGUAUGAGCAAUCCUGCACUAACUAUGGAAAAUGAAACUUAGUCAUGCGAGUAAACAGAGUAAUCCUGGAUUUUCCAAUUCAGAAUUGUUGAUGAGAGGAUGAAGGAUUCCUCCAUAACAUCAGCAUCCAUCAAACAGCUGUCUCAGUCCACUGCUGCGUGGAUCUGCUCUGAAGAUACUUCAAGACCUAAUUUAGCUGUCUCCAUAUCAUCGCUUGAAAUAUAAGAUGUGUUGUCAUCUCUUCUGUGUAUAAAAGAAUGUUUUGGUUAAUGCAAAAUAAUGUUAAAAUACAAAAGGGAAGGCUUGAAAAUUUCAUGUCAGGAAAGCAAGAUGUCUUAAGACAUACAGGCCAAUAAUCCUUUGCAAGCAAGGAAAGUAUUGCCAUUGGUAACUCAGGUGAGUGUAAACAUUUUACAUAGAACCUGAAAAUGGUCUUGCAGCAGUUGAAUCUUUAAAUCAUAUAUGUGAUUAGUGCUUGCAGACGAUCUUUCUCCCUAGUAAUAUACUCCCAGCUUUGAUCAGUUGACUGGAAAGGUUGCCAAUAGUUCAGGCAUAAUGACUGAACUACAUUCUUCUUCCUAUCCUCAUCUGAGUUAACAACACAGUUUUAUUUAUAUGAUCACAGACAGGUUGUCUAAGCUCUUCCUCAGAACUCUUAUAAGCAGAUCACUUAUUUAUAGCAAGAUAUCAUUUGUAUUAAUUCAUAACAGAGAAGCAGAACAAAUCUGCACACUUGAUUUAUCUGUUGGUUAAGUCUAGGACAUGCAGUUAAACAUGCUCAGAGCAUUUUUGUGAAACUGUAAAUAUGUGACAACUUACUAUUUGGUUAACAUUAAUAGAAGUGUUUGUGAAUGUUUCUUCAGAAUAUUAGAUUUAAAACACUUAACCUAAGUUUGCACCUGUAAGAUGCUGUUUUAAUUACACUAUACAUUUCUGAAUUUGAUUUACCAUUCUGGAAUUGCUGCAUUCCUCAUUAUUAUCCUGAUGUUGUACAUAUGAGACCAUGUAUAUUAUCAUGUUGCAUUCACUACUUACUAUGAUUUUGACUACAAAAUAUAUUUUAAAAGCCAAAUGAGCUUUCUAGAAACAUGCCUUGAAUAAAACUAACAGUUGUCAAGGAUUUGGGGACAGUUUUUUUGUAGGAUUGUUUAAAAAAAAAGCUUUAAGAUUUCAGAAAAUUUCUGAAGCCAAGGAAAUUGCAGUUUCACAAAUAUGCUUUUAUCAGUGCCUUUGCAUGCACAUACAGUAAAAUUAUAUAUAGUUAAUGUGUUAGUUACAUAAGACAUUAUUGUUUACAUAGAAUAGGUGGUCAUAUCAUUUCCAAAAUGGUUCAUGGAAAAUGAUUAUUUUAUUAAUGAAGUAAAUUGUACAUUUCACUCAGUUAAACGUACAGUUGAACAUAGCUGAAGAGGAACUGCAGAUUUCAAAGUCAGUUUGGAUAUUUUAAUAGUUACAGUACAGACUCAAUUUGGUUCCACAGCUGCAGUAGCAACAAGGAUUUCAGAAAACCAUUAUUUAGUUUUUGUAUUCCCAAAAACAAUUUGAUUUAUUUCAGAAUUAGUCCUUGAAAUAGUGUUUUUUUAAUGAGACGGCAUCUCUGUGAUGAUGUCAUUUCCCCCUAAUAUUGUCAUCCACACGAAAAAAAUCUUUGCAGGCUAAAUCACCAAAAGUGCCAGAAUAUAACUAGCCAGAGUUGGAGCAUUUGAGAAUAUAACACGGUGUUCUCUAUCUUUCUUUGAACAGCAUAUGUUAAACAUUUUACAGUCAUUAUCUUCCUUUGUUUUUCUUUUCAGAUUUGGAAGUAGUCAGAAUGCAAAAGGUCCAUGGCCAAGUCAUAUUACACACUGUGAUGUAUUUCCAGUUGUGCAGGGCAGUAUUUAAUAGCUACCAGAACUCAUCCUUUAAAAGGAUCUAAGAUGAAGGGAGAAUCUGGAAUACAUUGUCAUGGAACAGAUUUGUCACAGAUAAAAUAUGUUUCAUUAAAAUUAAAUUAGAAGAGGACAGUUUAAAUAUGCUUGUCAGCACUGCUUCAUGAGAAAUGAUGCUGACAGGUCUUUACCAUCAGUAUGUUCUGAGAAAGGAGAUUUGUACACAUUGCUAGAGAGGUGGGAUUUCAUACAAAAUACACAGAAAGCCCUGUAUGGCUCAUUAGAAUGGUGCACUUUCCCCCAGCAACUCAGGUGUUACAUGUCGGUCAGAGAAGGUAAUAAAUGCAACCUAGCAAUAGGAAUGGGUCUUACACACUUCAACCUUGCCUGUAGUUGCCUGAAGUAAAUUUAAUUGACUUCUUUGAGCAGUGGACCUUCCAGUAAAGUGUAUGGCAUUAAGCAGUGAUGAAUUAAAGAAAUGGAAAGGCAUAAACAGUAAGCAGACCUGUACAAAUUGGGAGGGAGUUCCCUUUUGUGGGCUUUUAAAAAAAACUUCUAUAAUGUCUUGCGGGACAUUACUGUUUGUGGGAAAGCAAAUGGCAAGUUCUCUUUGUAAUAGUAGAUGGGAAAAAUUGCAUUUUUUCACUUACUGCAUUACCUUCUGCUAUACAUUUGCACUUGGGGAGACUACAGUUUUGAUUAACUCAACAGUAAGACUGUUGCCACAUUAAAGAAAUCCAAAUUAAUGAUAUGUGCUUAUUGAUUCAGUCUAUUGACCAACUCUGAAUAUUUCUAUGUGGGCAAAUAUAGUAAUUUUUAAGGAAUAGGGAUGUUUUAUUUUUAGAUGAUGCAGCAUUGUUGUAGAAGUUUUCCUUCCUAUGCAAGAAAAGAAAGAAUGGCCUCUUAAGACUCUGUUUGCUGUCUGCAGUUUUUGUAAGUACUUGUGUUAAAGAAAUACAUAUUUUGAAACGCUCCUGCCCUCUUCACCAAUAGCGUUCUUCAAAAGUGUUCUACAGUGAAAAUAGUAUUACAGCCCCAGUGGGGCCUGUGUCUGAAAAGACACAUACAGGAUUGAACUCAGCAGAGCUUGCCUCUUAAAAGAGAUUAUAGGAUAGCACUGUAGAAUUUUAAGUAUUUUUUGUUUUUGUUUUAAACCAUUGUUAAAGUCUUAGUUCUGUGCAGUUUGAGGUGGCUUGAUCUGGUUCGUUUAUUGAUUAUUAAAUAUUGCAGUCCUGUUUAAACACUUUGGUUAUGGCUGAGAUCCCACAUCAUGUGGGUGUAUUGUAAUGCUCACCCUGUGCAGUUGUUGUCUCCCUCCUGCUGUGAAGCUCUGAAAGGCAUCUCUGUAGCUGCUCCUUUUCAGUAGGAAAGGGAAAGAAGUGGGCAGGUCAGAAGAGGAAGACUCAGCUGCUUUAGAAUUGGGGAGGAAGAACUAAGAGUGCUGUUCCUUCCCCUAGAAUACAGACCAUCUGCUUCUUUAUGCCAAUUCACUUGUCACUGCAUUAACAAGUGAGAUUAAAAAUUGUGGGUAUGGCCUAACAGCAGUUUCCCUUGGUCUUGAAGGCUCAGAAAUAUGUCCUCAAGGGACCACUUCAGCAAGUAACAGAUAGUGAUUCAGUCUUAAAAUGACUUAACCAAAGCUAAACAGAUAUUGCAGUGCAAGUAUUAUCUACUUGGUCUUUUGCAGCAUUAGCACUGAGAGUGCCAGCAAAAAACAAACAAAAAAAAGAUGGGAUAUAAUAUCCACUCAGUGUAUUCUAUCUGUCAGAUCAGAAGUAACUAUCAGGGCUUUGCACAAGUAGCUUUAUAGUUCCUAAAGAUUUUUUUAAGUCUGAAGACUGCUUAUGAAGUUGUUUCUCAGUAUCUUGGCCAUGUUAACUUCUAUAAUAGUUAUUUUUGAUACUGAAAGCAUGUGGCCGUCCUAUGAAAAAUUCUUGAUUUCAUUUUCUUUUUAAGGUGACUAAUUUCCUUUGAGGUUGCCCUUUACCAACAGUUGCUUGUCAAGGGAAUUUCCACCUUCUCUCUAAAAACCAAUUGGAAGAAAAAGAACAUUUCCAUGGCCACCAUAAUCUUCUUCUUCUUUUCAUUUAUGACAUGAUUUAGCAGAAGUGCAGACUUAAAUUAAGACACCAGCAAUUUUGUCAAACCGGCCAGCCAGGGUAGCAGAGAAUGCAAAAUGUGGAAGUUGAACUAUCUUUUCUAUAUCAAACUGGUGACAAACUAAGUGGUAGUGUUGAAAAAUGUUCAGGGCCUUCUUCCAUAUUUAGGAGAAAAUAAAACUAAGUAGUGAGGCAAAAAUCUCAGCUGCUGUAAUAAACCUAUUAGUAGUAUAAGGACUUUUUUAAAACUGAGAUUUUUGUUAACCACUCCUAAUAUCUAUAUAGUGCUAUUUUCAUGAAAGGAACUCCUCUUUGAUUUUGUGGCAGCUUGAACAAGUUAAGAAACAUUUUGAGAUCAGAUUAGUUUUUUUCCUCUCACAGCACUGUCAAGAGUGCCAAAACUCCCCUAACAUGAGGAGUUGAGAAUUUUUUAUUAAUAGAUCAGAAUGGUAGUUGGGGAAUGUCAGGUAAUUCACACACAAACUGUUUCAUGAGGAUGUAGUUCUGAUGUUUAAAAAACAUCUUGCAAAGAUUACAACAAACCGUAUGUAACGUAAGAAGGAACCACUACUGGAGAUCAAAUAUACACAGCUGAACAUAUUAUACAUUAGGCAGGAAAAAUAUUUAAAAGAAUGAGCAACCUGGUUAGUACUGUAUGUGAAUGAGCUCUGGUAAGAUCUUCUUAUAUUGGAGAAACAGCAGUUAUUUUGAUAGCAAAUCUAAUGCCUUGGUGGAUGAAGGUGGAAUGAGGGAAGAAAUGAAUUGCAAUUUGCUCCACAGCUGUUAGCUCAAAAUUAUUCAGGUGGCUAGUCAGCAUUGCUUUAUGUGAAUACUAGGUGCAUGUUUGUAUGUAGAAUGGCUUUUGAAGACUAUUAUUGUACUAAGUGACUACUGCAAAUUAGCCUUGUGGAAUACUCAGGGUACUGUGACUGGAUAAGCUUCUCUUCACUUCCAAGGAAUCAGUUCUUGAGGACACAAAUGACAUUCCUCCACAUGUAUGCACCACUCCUCAUUCUGUUUGCUGCUCCUCUCCUUCCAUUUCUUCAGUAAUGCUGGCAGGACACUGAACUAGAGUGAAGAGUCCUGGGUUUCCAAGUAUUCUGCUCCAGAACGGCUUUGCACUGUCAUUCCUAUAAAGAAAAACAUUCCCAACGCUUGCUGAGUACCCGUUGCUUAGGUGCAACAUGGUACAUAAUAGCUACAGUGUUUGCACAUAAUGGAAUGCUUCUUGCUUUGCUUUCUUUUGUACUUUGUAAAGCGGUAUAUGUAUUUUUGUAUUAAACUAACUUGCUGGAAACAAAUUAAAACCUUUACAACAAAUGG